CGGUGCCGGGCCAUGCCGUUCUCGGCGCAGCCGCCCGCCAGCGGCGAGCGCUACGCGCUGUCGGCCAGCCUGGACAAUGCCCGGCACCUGUCCAGCCUCCUGCGGGCCGUGCACUUCCAGGACCACGCCACCUGCCUGGCCACGGCCAGCGGGCUGCGCGUCACCGUGGAGGAUGCCAAGUGCAUCCAGGCCAACGCCUUCAUCCAGGCAGAAAUUUUCCAGGAAUUUUCCGUUCAGGAGGAGUCUGUGAUGUUCCGGAUCAGUCUGUCUGUUCUUCUGGACUGCCUGACCAUUUUUGGAACCAGCUCCUUGCCAGGAACAUCAACGGCCCUUAGAUUGUGUUACCGUGGUUAUGGGUAUCCCCUGAUGCUGUUCUUGGAAGAAGGAGGAGUGGUAACAGUGUGCAAAAUCAACACUCAAGAACCUGAGGAGUUGUUAGAUUUUGAUUUCUGCAGUACAAAGGUUGUUAAUAAAAUUAUCCUGCAGUCAGAGGGACUGCGAGAGGCAUUUGCUGAACUGGACAUGACCAGUGAGGUUCUGCAGAUUACCAUGUCUCCAGAUAAACCCUACUUCAGGUUAUCCACUUUUGGAAAUGCUGGAAGUGCCCAUCUAGAUUACCCUAGGGACUCUGAUUUGAUGGAAGCAUUUCACUGUAACCAGACCCAGACAAACAGGUACAAGAUUUCUUUGCUUAAACCAUCCACAAAGGCACUGGCUUUGUCUUGCAAAGUGUCCAUUCGAACAGAUGCUCAAGGAUUUCUUUCACUGCAGUACAUGAUUAGGAAUGAAGAUGGACAGAUUUGUUUUGUGGAAUACUAUUGUUGCCCUGAUGAGAACAUCACUGAAGCAGAACUGUAGG